AUGGAUAAGUCCAGCUCGGGUCGGCACAGAGCCGGUUCUGAAGCAUCCUCCAAGUCCGAGCGACGCCGGAAUGGCGAAGGAGCCUUUUCAGUGGGACGCGCCGUUACAGAGUCAGCGACUUCCUCCUCUAGACGCAAGCCCAGCCAGCGCGACGAUUAUGAUGGUGGGGCCGCUGCCGGAGCCGCAGAUGAUACGUCCCGUCCUCUGCGAACAAAGGCAUAUCCAUCAGCGGAAUCCAGUUACGCCCCGGCCCUCACAGCUGAACCAUCAGAGAUUUCUGUCCAAUACCCAGAUGAACCGACGAGGGGAAGCGAGCUCGAUCGUGCAUACAAAGAGGCCCGGAGAUUGGCCCGCAAGAGUGAUAGGAAUUCGAGACACGAAAUGAGAAGCAUCGAUAACGAUCCUAGGAAAGCAGGAAGGAAAGACAGCGAGCGAAGUCGCCGUGACUCGCGCAAAUCCAGCAGGUCGGAUAGAAAGGGAAGCACGCGCACAUAUAGCAAUGAUGAGGCUUCCCUGCCCCAGAAUCAGUUUCCAGGAGAGGUCCCAAACACGUAUACACGGCCCUAUCGGCCCGCUGGGCUGGCGUCAGACUAUUACGGCGAUCAGGGAGAGUCAGUCGCUUUUCAGCCUGGCGUUCGGCCCAAUCCCCCCAGCAUUGUCACCAGUGCCGAACAGGCACAUCUCAUGGAGCCAACGAUUGAAGCCAAACCUCCACCAGAGCCGAGCAGUCUGGGCCAAGUCGGGGCCGCAGCAACCUAUUUUGGUGGCGGUGGUUACAGCAGUGAUUCUGGAUUACCGUCUACGCCUUCUAAACCUUCCCAGAAGCCGAACUUGAAGCCCAACAAGCCCAACGUCCACAGCACUCACGAUGCAAGUCCGAGAACAAGCCCCGGACUAGAAGGGAAUGUCAUGAUGCCGCAAAUCCAAGGAGCUAGCGGAGGAAACGCCUUCACGACGCCUGCGACGACAGCGGCGGUUGGCGCAGCGGCUGAAUACUAUUCAGGCUCGGGCGGUGCAAUGGCAGGAAGUACUCAAUAUCAGACCCCAAUACGGCCACCAGCUUCAGCCUACUCGAAUUCGACUCCAUACUCAGCGCCGGCUGGAAUUGGAGGCUCCCACGAGCAUUCUAACACAGCCCUAUAUAGCGGAGCUGCCCUAGCUGGCGCCGCCGCCGGUGUCCACAUGUCCGCUCACUCCCACAAUGAACCAUCGCAAGGUCAAUAUCACGGCUCGGCCACAGCAUUUUACCCAUCCUCGCAAACAACCCAGAUGAGCCAUACCCACCGCCGCAAACGCAAGGGCCCGAUUUCCAAACUCGUUGAUUGGUUCCGAGAUCCCGAAGGAGUCGCACAGUUUGAACGCUACACUGAAGCCAUUGGAGUUUGCAAGUACUGCUUUGACCCAAUGAGCACGCCAGCAGAUGCUCCACGAAAACACCAUUACCGUCGUCGGAGACCUUCAUCGGGAAGUCGACAUGGAAGCGCCAACCGUGUUGACAAAACGUAUAGAUAUUCCUCUGACGAAGAGCGUUGGAAACGAUCAGCGCUGAAGAAAGGAGCUGUCGCUGGCUUGGCUGGCUAUGGUGCCGCCAAAAUGGGAAAUGCGUAUAUCAAAAGCAAGUACGACUUCGAUGACGCCUACUCCGUCAAGUCUGGUCGACCAGCCAACGGAACACGGGUUGGUUUCCGAGGUGAUGAUAAAGAAUACGAACGCAACGAGUGGCGCUAUUCAUCAAGUCAAGACGUACGACUGACAAAGGGCGAAAGUGGUCGAGGAAACACGACCAGUGUUCGUUCUAAAGAGAAAAAACGCCGUCCUCGCAGGUCUGGUUCCUCGUCGUCGUCUUCCUCCUCCCGUGGCAUCUCUCGUGGCGCCGCGAUAAGUGCUGGCGUCGGCCUUGCUGGACUAGCCUUGGGAAGCGAAGCCAUCGACAAGAUGCGACGUACCAGCGGGAGUCGGUCGCCCUCGUCGAGGAAGAAGUAUUCUUCAGACCGGAUUCCUCCCGACAAUUCAUAUGAGAACCUGUCAACAACGAAUUCUGGAGGUGGCCUGUUAGACUUCUUCACAAGUCCUUCCGCCAACGAAAGAAAGGGCAAGAAGCCAAAAGGACUUUUCACUUGGGGAAAUGGUUCUAGCUCGUCAUCUGAUGCGGAUCUUGCCUUCGAAUCACGCCCUGUACGCCGCAAGAUUUCACACGGACGUCUCAAAAAGGGUGGUGCCCGACGAUAUCGCUUCGACUCGACGACCGAGCUGAAGCAACUUCUGGCUGAUGGUCAAAGACUGGCUGAUGAGGGUGACCGAAGAACGAGGAAAGGUAAGGGAAGAUACGAUGCUAACGUAAAUACAGGCCGGCCAAGUUAUUCGGGUUCGUACGGAGAUCCAAUACUCGAUAAUGAGCCUUCCAAACAUGGCCACGAAGAUGAAUGGUACGAUACCGGAGACGACGAACUGGACUUGGCCUAUGGUGGAGGAAUUUCUGCAAUGCAAAGCCAAGAGACCCUUGUUCAAGAGAAGAGAUCAUCCAGAAGAACGUUGACUUUUGAAGAGCCUCCUCCUUCAGCGUCUUCAAGACCAAUGACAGAAAUUGGAAGUCUUCCGGUUUCGAAUGGUGCUUCACAUGAGCGAAGAUUCCCAAUGAAUCACGACGAUCUACCACCUAUGCAAGAAAUAGAACCCAGGCCAAUUUCAGAUCCCAAAUAUCCUGAUAAAAGGGGAAGAUCACGAGGCAAAGAUCCCGGAGAUGCCAGCUCUCUAUCUCACGGUCGGAAAUCGUCCGCAUCGGUGCCCCUAGAGCAGCCACAGCCAAUACUUCCCGUCACCCCAUUCCUCCAAGGCGCUUCGUACAAUACAGUGGACUCAGGCCGACCCUAUCCAGGGUUUCAACAGAAUGACUCUAACCUCGACUCACUUGAAAAUUCCCAGGCCCAACCAGCCGAGCGAAAGACGGGUCACAGACCUGCCAUCGAGAUCAGUGGCAGCACACGCCCAAGAAGAAGAGACUCCAGUCCAGCCAAAUUACCCUUCCGGAAUGCUCGAAACAACGUUAGUUUCAAUCUCACCGAUGAGCAGCUCGAAAACGAAAAACGGAACAGACACGAAACGGGAAGGCCAAAAGCCGAAGGUGGCAAGAGCCGUCGACGGAAGUCUGCCGAUGCUGCACUCAUCAUGGGGGGGGCUGCCACCCUUGGAGCUGAGAUCCUUCGGGAAGACAGUGAGCCGGCAUCAGAAGGGCGUUCCGCUAAAACCAAACGAACCUCUCCAGAUGCAUCCGACGAUCAACUGGCUAAGAUCGAGCAAGAGCUACAACGGCUCUACGCAGAACGGCGACGGUUGAAAGAACGAUCUCCCAAGCAGAAUGAGGAAGGCUCUAACGGCGUCAGCGCUUCCGCCCCCGCCAGUACCGAGACCACUGUUGUCAAAGACAAAGUGAGUACCAUAAGUGAUGAUACAGCCACUCCCCGCCGGAAGUCAAGCCUGAAGAAGACGGCUGAAAGGGACAAUUCCCCUCAUGCUGAGUCCCAGCAAGAACGAAUUGCUCGGAUGGCGGCCCAGCGAGUCAAGUCAACAUCCUCUCCAGUCUACGAAGACUAUGGCGCUUUCUUUGUGCCGACAGAACUCAAGGAACACCUCAAGGAACAUAAUGACAAAGCCGAACACCGAGAUGACAUUGAAGCAAAUAUAGUUGAAAUUGUUCCGGGAGCGGCAAAGUCAAGACGUCAACAUCCGUUUGACCCCUUCACCUAUCGUCCCUUUGGCUUAGCGCUAGAUGAUGACCCCGGUUUGCAUCCAUGGCCUGUUCCUAUGCUUGAAUUGAUUGAGCCCACUCCGCCCGGCAGUGAGUCACACAGUGUUCAGGGCGAUGCGAGUCCUAUUAUCACGCCAAAGUCAACCGAGGCAUCUACCGACAUGGGCGAACCACUUGAGCGAAAAGUCAGCUCGGGAUCCAAAGUAACUUGGGGUGAUCACGAUACCUACGUGUACGAAGUCCAGACACCUGAUGACGAGCGAUCAGAAUACAUACCUCAUUCAGGGUUUCAGAAAGUCGAUCAUUUCGAAGCUCCGUCCCCCGGCGAGGCCGCCAGAAGGGAUGUUCCUUAUCAAGAUGAGGAAUCCCUUCCCACUAUCAGCCGUGUCUGGACCCUAGACGAUGGGGAAGCAGAGAAGCUUGAACAUGAGGUUCCAGUGCUUGAUGAUAGACCUCAGAUAAGCCGUACUUGGACUGUCGAUGAUAUUGAAGCCGAUCAAAUCGAACACGAACCUCCGCGGGAUAAGCCAGGCGACGGAUCCGAAGUCAAGAUACAACCUAAAAUUGUUGAAGUACAACCCAAAUCUUCCCCGUCCCCGAAUCCACUACCGGUGUCCACUGAACGUGAAGAAUUAUCUCAAGAGCCCUCAGUACCUGAACCCGACGAGGGGGGACGAAGACAAGCGUUCUACAACAGUCCAUCUGUGGAGACUCCUGGCCAAAGCUCCCUUACUGAGGACGGAGCUGACAAUCUCAAACAUCCAUCUGCAGCAGAUCCGCAGAAGCCGACCGAUCAGCAGCAUUUUGAACAAAGACAGAAUGAUUUCCAAGCUAUUAACCAAGAAUCGCUGGAAGGCAAUACUGCCGAUCGAGAAAUUCCUGACACCUCGCCCGCUGUUCGAGUUAGCAAAAGUGAGAAGCGUCGUCUGGAACGCGCAAGUUCUUCUGGUGAGGCAGUGGACCCCUACUUGUCUCAACACACCUCGCAGGACCUUGGAAAAGAGUCAGUGGCUCCGCCGUCCGUACCAGGUAGUGAAAGUGUUUUCGACUAUCUGAAGGACAACGAGGGAGACUCGGCUCCCUCGGCGUCCAUAUUAGGAUUAGGCGCCUCUACCAUUCUUCCAGCCGACCAAUUAACAAGAGACACAGCCCAACCCAGCAAUGCAAUAUCAUCCAAAGAGGCCGAAGAUGUUGAUCUCCCUUCAAAACCAAAAAGAUCCAGUACUUUCGACGACUCGAGGACGCAUCGCUCACGAUCGAACUCAAAAACGGACUAUCGAUCAGACCCUGAGGAUUGGGAACGUUCACGAGAUUCCAAGAAACUCAAGAAAUCAAAGCGUGGUUCUCGAAGUGACGCUGGCACGAGUUCAAAAUCCAGCAAGUCCAGGGAUCAAGGAGAGGCAGAUGAAGCAAGCUUCCGGAAACUUCGCAGAUCUCGAUCAAAGGAUGAUAUGCUUGAUGGUGACGAUUCUCGAUCGUUUUCGUUUAAUGGUGCAUCAUCAAACGUUGAUUCGGAAACAAGUUCAAAGCGGAGCACACGAGCCAAAGAUGAGGAGAGAAGACCUCGAAAGCACAAAAAUCGUGACUCUGAUAUUCUCGGGAAUGAUGAUUCGCAUUCUAUUGCUAGUAGCCCUAGCGACCUCGAGAAGAGAAGCAAAGAAAAAAAGUCCGACAGCUUUAUUGGCAGGCUUUUCUCCGGCAACAAGAGUGAUGUCAGCACCUCCAGCAAGAAGAGCUCGAGAUCUCCAGAGUCCGAAGGCCGAGCAGAUCAAGACCGCGACAUUGAACAAGAAAAGCGAAAGAAACGGAAGUCAAAGGAGAAGGAUUUGGGCGAUGCCACAUCCGAGCCUGCUAGAAGAACCCGACGAAAUUCAGAUCCUUCACUCGAACCGACAAGCUACAGAACGGUGUCUAGAGAUCAGAGCGUCGAUGACGGUUUCGUUUCUGCUGAAGAAAUCCCCGAAACGCCGCUUAAACCUGAGGAUAUCGAGCCUUUUUUAGGGACGAGCCCCGAAAUGCCACCACCAACGGUGAUAAGUACACCAAUGGGUAUUGAUGGUGUCUCGGGGCUAGCAUCCGAGAGAGAACCAUCAAACCCGCCCAGUGCCGCUUUGGAUACUCAUCUCGACACCCCAACAAAUGCUCUCAGCGAAGAUAACCUCCCCUCCAAGAGACUCUCACACGAGAUUGAUGAAUUGGAAGAAAGUUCCAAGCCAGGGACUUCAACCAAUUAUCCUGCCUCUCGCCGGCUCUCCGCUAUACGGACAACCGAUGGCCCCUCCAGCCCUAUCGUCCAUAGCUCUCCAACUGCCGUCCCUUUGAACUUCCGCCGUCCGCCUCUUUCACCAACCAAUCCACGAUUUUCCAUGAGCUCACCCAUGGCAUCUCCAAGUUCCCCGUUGACAACGCCCCGAACUCGUCAAGGACGCCCGAAGUCAACUGAAUUCCGUUCAAGCAAGGAAUUUCGCCCCCUCUAUCUUGUGGAAAGACAAAACUUCGCAAAAGCCUCAACGCCCGAAGCCAUGGAAGAAUAUCCAUCUCUGCCCUCGAGCAAAACAAGUUCGGCACAUCCUUCUAUGGAAGACCUUCGAGCUGAAGCACAGGCACGAGAGCAUCCAGACGAAUUUACUCCUUCUCGCUUCAAUGCCGAGAUGUUCCGUGAUCGCGGCAGGCGACACAGCUACUCCUAUUGGCAUGACAAUGACACGCGACGAGAAUCUCCAGAUUAUUUGGAUUCGAGGUCGGCCACUCCAGUUCCAGGAGAAGCACAGAGAGCAUGGGAGAGAGAGAAGAAACCCAAACCGAAAUACGAGUUUCAUUCGCCAAGCGAGCUGCUGCAAGAUCCUGCUUUACUUCGCGAGGUUCCGGCAAUGGAUGACGGAGCUAGACCCGCUAGCCCUCUUCCUAGCGUUGUCAGCACAGAUCUGGAUCAGGAAUAUAUGAGUGCUCGCAGCAGAAGUUUGUCUCCAAGAAGAUCCCGGAGCUUAAGCAGGGGCCGAAGGGGUACUUCGCGGUCCAGAUCCACGUCCUCUAUUUGGCAAGAUGCCGUAACAACUGCGGCAACUGGAUCAGCGCUCGGCAUUGCUGCAUAUGAGAUGUCCAAGGGAGCGCACGACGAUCAACCAAAUGAAGAUGUCGUAACGCCCACAAAAUCCCAAUUUGUCGUGGAUAUGACUACAGAAGCACCUAAACAACCUGAAAGCCGACCCGACGACGUUAUCUUGGAAGAAGAGGUUUUGGUUCGACAGUCGCCACCAAACGUUGAUCAAACACUAGACUCAGCUCGGUCACAACCUCAACCAGACCCUCCUAUCACAGGCGAGACACCGCAAAGUGCUGGAGUUGAUGAAACUGGCUCUUCAGAGGCUCGAAAGCGAAGCAAUGAGUCUGACAGUACCGCAGAUGUAGCCACGGCAUCGCCUGAAGCCAAUGAAAAGGCGGGCGACAAUGAAAAUGCAGGCGAUACCACUUCUCUCCUACAAGAGCCAUUGAAACAGAACAGCGACUCUUCAAAAGAAACCAUGAUUUCAAGAGAAAUUGGAAACGGUGAACUAGCAGAAUCAAAUACGAGUCUCCACGAUCCGACCCCGUCAACCCAGGGCGAUGUGACGGCCGAUGCUCCUGAGGAUGAUAAGACACAGCCGUCAGCUACCAAAGCGAAGAAGCUCAAGAAGUCUAAAAUAGCGAGAAAGAAGAAACGCAAUACAUUAUCCUUCGACGAAGAACUUCCAGCCACACCUGAAAGCAGCUUAACAGCUAGUGAUACUCCCGCUAAUACUCUCGACAAACAGGAGACCGCACCAGCUGCUAGCUUUUCUGCCACUCCUCUCAUCAGUGAAGAUCCUUUGAUAGUGGAUGACAAACCGCACAAGGGCUAUAAGGAACCUAUUGACGAACCAAUGGACACUGCGCUAUCGAAGGAGGCAGACACAUCUGCACAGUCUGAACCUGGGCAAGGCCCUUCUGGUUAUUUCGAAGCGGGAAACAAGUUGGAAGCUGAUCCGGCCGCGCCGCAUCUCAUCAAAUUUGAUAACCAAUUGACCGAUGCAUCAUAUGGAGACCGAAAUCUUGCUCCUGAAGUCACGGUUGCGCCGGCUUCCAACCAGUUACCCAUACCUAGCAACAAUUCACCUGAAACCCUACAUGCGGAUAUGGCGAAAGAGACUGAAUUGAGCCCAUUCGAGCAAGCAUUGGAAGCGGCUGUCCAAGCAAGAGGUUUGAGCGAAGGCUCGACUGUAGAAGCAGCCCAUCAAGCGUUUCAGCAGGAGACCGACGAACGGCAAGUCAUUGGCGACACCUCUUUGACUACGGUCAUGGAAGAAAAUGAAGUUCCAACAACUGCAGUUGAGAAAGAGACCAGAUGGGUUGAAGACGAACCAACUGACAGGAGUAAAUCCUCUAAAAAGGCGAGACGGAAUGCAAAACGAGCCUCGAAGAAGUCGUCACGUUCCAACGAUCAGCUUGAAUCACAGGCCGCUACUGACCAGCCAGUUCUGGAAAAUGCUGCUGAGAUCGUAGAGCAGGGCGCUAGGCCUGAACAAAACCCCACAGAACCGUUCCUUUCUAACAUCGAUGUUUCUCACCGUAUGAUCGAGCACUUCAAAGAGCCUCCAAAUCCAUUCGGUGACGACUUUGAAAUUCAAAAGGGCGAAUCUGCUCUGCCAACUCCGGCAGCCGUGCCUCAACCGAGUCUUUCCAACAUCGACACGACAUCGAUGGAGAACGAGCCGGCUGAGCCCCAGCCUGUUGCACUUGUCGAACCCGCAAAACCAGAGGCUGAAGAUGAUGACCGGUAUUCUAGUCCCAAAAGAUCGAAGAAAAAGAAAAAUAAAGAUAAAAAGAAUAAGGGGGCGUCAUUUGAUUGGGGAGACGCCGGGGCAGAGAGGAGCGAUUCCAUCGCAGAAUCUCGACCGAGUCUCGUACCAAGUGACAGUGUACCAGACAUCCGGGAAGACCCGAGCGAAUCCAUUUCUACGGAAGAAUUCAUCGGUCAGACGGCUCCUUUGACUGGUGAAAACGUCGAAACUUCUGCUGGACAAGAAAAUAUUCUAGCUUCAGCCGAUACCCGGCAUCAGGACUCGGGAGAUUUGUGGAGGAUGGACUCAAGGAAAACAAAGAAAAGGCCCCACAAGAAGAAGAGCAUUGCUUGGGUUGAUGAAGACGUGGGUGCGCCAACGACAGACGAGCAGAUGAAUGUUGCUGCUCCUGAAAGCCAGUCCACUGAGGACUCGCGAGACAAGCCAUCAAAUGCCUUGACUGUGAGCAGUAAUACAGUCUCCCGGGACCAAAGUGUUGAUGAGCAAGAACCCAACAUGCAGCAUGAGGAUCUCCAAGAAAAGCACAACUUAGCACCAGCUUUGGAGACUAACGAAAAUGCUCCCGAUCGUGUUCUUACCUCUAAAGACAUGAACAGUUCGUAUGGAGUGAUGUUGCCAGAUGCCCAGGCAAAUAAGAACCAACAAGAGCAGGAUCAAGAAACGGCACGGGAAGGCUCAGGAGAAGUCGUUAUAAAGGAGCUCAGUACCAAGUCGAAGAAGGAAAAGAAUAGGAAUGACGCCACAGAUAUCGCCACUGUUACUGGUGCUGCUGGAGCUCUCCUGACUCUGGAUGGCCAGAAUGAGGGUUCCGCCCAAAUACCUACAACAGAAAGACAGGUUGAUGUCGGAAAUCGAGAAGGUCAAUCAAACUUUGCAAUCGACAGCGCAUCUGGAGAGGAAGUUCAGACCCACAAUGAGAGCGAAACCACAGAACCUCUUCCUGAAUCAGAGACUGUUCGUCACAUCGACUCGCUUGAGCGCCGCGAACAAAUUCCAAGAAGCGCUCUGGCCGUGAGUGAUGAUGUAAAACAUGAAACUAGCGACCAAACCGAUCUUCCUGUUCCCUCGGAAGCUCCGCAGCUUAUCGAGGAAGGAUUUACAGAUCACCAGAUCGUGUCCGAGCCUCUCGAAGUAGGAGAAUUGGAAGGUGCAGCUAGAAAAGAAACAACCGCUCGGGAUUUCUUCCUUCCGACAUCAAAGAAGAAAACCAGGAACAAGAAACCGAAACGGUCUUCUACCUUCGAUGAGGCUUCCUCCGAUGCGAAGGACAAAAGACUCGGUUAUGAUGGUACCACAAAACGAAGCUCCGCAGGUCCAGAAUCGGCAGAGUCGGAUUCUCAAAAGGUGCCAGAGGUCCCCCAGGAGACAGCUCUAGAUGAUGCACAGGAGUUUGGUUUCAAAGUUAAGCCCAAACGCAAGAAGAGCAAGACUAAGCGGACAAGUUUCAGCCAUGAUCUUGUAUCCACUCCCGAAGAUUCCGCCGACCAACGCGAAAAGGAGGAUGAAUCACCGCCAGCAAUAGCUGAGGAGGUGGCUCCAACGCCUCACUCCAGUGCUCAACCUAAAAUCGCAAACGAGGAAUCUGAAGAUACCGCAUAUGUCUCGCAUGAGCCAGCUCAGGCAACCAUGGAAUCUGAGAUCCUUCCAACUGAGAAGCCAAUACUAGACGAUCAAACCACCCAUGAGUCCACCUUUGUUGAAGGGGCCCCUGAGCCACAGGCAAUUUCUGUCCCGACCGAUGAACCAAGAACAGACGAGGGUCCUUCUCCUGAAGACAUUCAAAUCAGUGAUGGACGUGAAUUUUCUGUACCAAAGACUCAACCAAUGGAUACUUCCGCUGUUACAACUUCCACCGCUGAAGACAGGGCUCUCAAUUUCCCGGGCACCUUCGACAACAGCCGUGAGGAAGACCGGAUCCUUCCGUCAACAGAGCCUGCAGAGGAGAAGAGUCGGUCAAUAUUCAGUGAAGGUCUUUCUGAAUCCCAAGUGCAGGGACAGAUCAUGGACGAACCGGGCAAAAGUCCGCAGCCUGUUUCAGAAGAGCCUGAAAUGAGCACGGAGCGCACCAAUCCCCCAGUCAGUUUGCCAACACCUGGAGGCGUGUCUGGCGAUAUCGCUGAGGAAGAGUGGGAAUCAAGAUCCAAGAAGAAUACCAAAAAUGCUCAACCAACGGAUGAGAUAAAUAUGCCAGACAUCCCAGCUCAACCCGAGCUGACUGAAGAACCUAGCGGAGGUUCAAACGUUCCUGAACUUGAUGUUCAACGGAAGCAAGCUGAAGCAGAGCUUGACGACAAUUGGGUCGCCAAGCCCAAUAAAUCAAGGGAAGAGAAGAAGAAACGCAAACCGAAAACAAAGGAAGUCAGCACCUUUGCAGAGGAGGAUCAAGAUGUGAUCAAAAAUACUGAACUCGAGCAAACUGAAGGCUUUGAAAGCAGAAGUGAGAAUUCUGCCCCGAAAGAAAUCCUUGAUUUUCAUGAAAAUCGAGAAAAGCACGACCCUGUCACCCAGGAAGCCACCUCUUCUCCGGAACUCGAUCGGGAACCUGCCAAUGUCCAAUUGCCAACGCAGGCGGAGCCGUCUCGAACAGACAAAGAUAGAGGAAUCGAGGCGCCUGAUGACAGGGGCGAACGCAUGGCGACGAAAAAAGAAUCAAACUUUUUGGACACUGACGAUCAUCCACAACCCCGAGCCACCGAAUCACCUCCAGAGAAUGAAGGACAAGGAGCUCAGCCUAUUUCUGGGCCAAUUGAAGCAGACUCGGAAUCACGAGGCGAUGAUGACAAGGGUUCCAACACCAAGAGCUCCAUAAUGGAUACGAAGAAUAAGCGUUCAUCCACCGUCGGCGAUAGUGUCUCUGAUCCGGCCUCCAAAAGGGCUGAAAUUGAGUCGAGUGUUACGUCUUAUGCCGCAAUGGAUACUUCUACGGAAAGAAUUGAUGCCAUCGACGAGGCGAAUCAAGCACCAACUGAACCUAUUGCGGAAAAAGAAUGGGGAACGUCUACAACGCUGGCAAAGGAAAGGAAGAAAAUUACGAAGACAAAUACGAAGAAGAAUAAGAAGCGCGCGACAAUUCCAUUACAAGGUGCCCAAGAGUCCAGUGGCACCCAGUCCUUAGCAGAGGACUCUGCAACACUCAAUGUAGAUUGGCCAAGCCCCUCAUCAACGAAAACGAAGAAGAAAAACAAGAAGAAACGGCCUACCUUAGAUGAAGGAGUGGUUCAGCCACCCGAGGCUUCAAUGCAAAUUGCAGGAAAGGACGAACUUGAUUUUAAACAGCCUGACGCUGUGAUGGCGGAAACCAGUGUUGCAAACAGUGAAUCAACGCCUGCCAAUGUUUCUUCCAAGGACGAAUCGGAUUCUACACCAACACUCAAGGAUUCGGAAAUGAGCAAGCCUUCGGCAACCGGCGACGACGACGUCGAAAUGGAGAUCACUGAAGCGAGGUCGACUGAUCGAAAUGACUUGCCUGCUAGCCAGACUCACUUCAGUCGAACUGCGUCCCCAGAGCCGAUGGAAGCUCUGGACGCGGGAGAAGAAACCCCGAUUAUCAAGCCUGAUGUUACCCCCGGACAUCAUUUGGCACCGGAGAAGCCAAAAGUCAAGAGAAAUGAGUCGACGAAGGACAAGAAGGUGUCGAAGAAAGAAAAAAGGAAGUCGGUUCUACCUUGGGAAUCCACUGAUCAGGAAACAAGUGAAACUGCCGAAAGAUCAGGAACUCAAACAGAAGAAAAUGCGUCUCAUUUUACACAUACACAAGAUGCUCAAGGAAUAUCAACUCCUCUCAAAGAACCUGUCACGUCAAUUCAGGAUGAGCCUCAAGUCGACCCAAUUUCACGUGAAAUGCCGACUAUGCCGACGUACUCUGACCAAAAUAUCAUCGCCGAGGAACCUGCCAAUGAGAUGGAGAUAACCAUGUCAACAGCGCCUCCAGACGAUAUCGUGAUGGCUGAGGACCAUGGAAAAACAUCUAUGCCUUUGACGGAACAUCCUGGGAUCACCCCAUCUCAAGAGGAGCCAACAGAUUUCACUGCUCAGCCGAUAGAGGAUAUUUCUGGCGGAAUGACAAUCACUGAUCGCCAAGAUAUACCAGACGAACGAGGCCUUGCAGACAAUGACACAGAUGUCGCAAUGAAAGACAAUGGUCCCCCCAAGCGCAAGGAGAGCAAAAACAAAAAAAGGAGCAAGAAAGAAAGGAGAAUCUUCGAGUUCAACGGCACUGAGGAGGUAGCUCCUCUAACUCUCGAGGCAACAGGUACGCAACAAGUUGAAACUGCGAAUACGAUGCCUGAGGAGUCCAUGGAUGUCUUCAACCAACCGUUGCAAGUACCAGAAACCGAUCAGCCGACGGACGAUGUCGAAAAUAUGUCUGAUGUGAGCGCCAGCACUCGCGAAAGGCGAAAGAGGCGGCGAUCCCCCCUCGCGUGGUCAGGAGAGGAGCCUGCAGAUCUCCCAAAAGAUCGGUCGCUGACUCCACCUCCCGAUCACGACGACAUCAUGGACACCGCUCUAGGUGUCGCAGCUGGGCUUGGUUUCGGGUCUGGCGAACACGAUCCUACCAGAGAGUCUCGUCCAAAAUCGGUAUCACCAGCUCGGCAGCCAUCUGCAGGUUGGUCCUUUGCCAAAUUCGGACCUGUCGGCGGGCUCGCACAGUCAGACCUCAAUCGAGAUAGUGGUGUCCAGUUUGAGUCACCACUUCUGCCGGGUGGUCAGUUUGCGUCCCAAAGAGACAGUGGCUUCAUUCCUGGGCAUGUCGAUGACAAUACUGGAGUUAGCGGAUCGACAGAUGUGGACAACAGAGCAGACAUCUUGCUGCGGCCGACACGACCUCAAUCACCUACAAGCUCGACUGAGGACGUUUCCAGGUCCUCCCCGAGCAGAUCGCACCAGGAAGAAGUAGCAGUUCUCGAGACACCAAGACGAAAACCUUCACCCGUCGAGUCAACCUCGAAGGAUCCAUCCUCCGUCUUGUUCAAUUCGUCACCAGCGGACCCAACCCCGACGAUCAACACUGUCUCAGCCCGGAGCCCGGAGCCUAUUUUAAGCCCUCUGCGACGGAGCCCAAGCGUCCAUGGCCGUCACCACAACCGGGAUGAAUUGCGGCAAAAAGCCAAAGCCAUCCUUGAGCCCCAGCGCAGCGAUCAGCUUGCAUCCAAUUUGAUUGACCGUGCCGCAGCGGCUGAGGUGAGCCGCUCAACAUUUGAGCCCCCUGCUCAUGACACCAUGAACCCAGUGUUCUCUCCGACCAGGAAUCCACUCAAUCCCAUCCGUGAGGACACGAUCGAAGCAUCUUCCACUGUUCGAGAGGCAUCUCCAUUCUCCGAGCCACCUGCAAAGGACGACAACGGCACUGCUGGCCUGGUAGCGGCCAUUGGGGCAGCCGGAUCGGUAGGCGCGAGCCUGUCGGGUCUCUCACGUGACUCCACGGGCGCUAAAUCGCUUGGCAGAAGCAUGUCGAGAACCUCGUUGCGCAACCUGCGCGGCACCAACUUGAUCUCACCCUACGAUCCAGCCAAUUUCGCCUCGGGGUCAUCGCAGAUGCCCGUCAAUGAUAAAGAUCCAGGAGAAUCCGUCACCCGCGGAAGGGAUAUGGCGGAAGUCUAUGACGGAUAUGGAUCCUACCCCGGUAGCCCCAGGUCGCCGACACGACCGCCCAGUGUUCGGCGUCGACAAAGUAUGCAGCAAAUCAAGGACCUAGAGGCCCGGCUGGACCAGCUUGCCAGCGAGAAUCGUGCUCUUGCGGAAGCCAAAAUGAUGGCAGAGCAACAUCUCGAACAGGCACAUUUCGAACGCAAUCGAUCCGAAAAUUCCGCCGAGGCGUUGCGCACCACUGCUGCGCACCUUCAAGAGCGUGAUGCCGAAAUUGCCCGUCUCAAGGAAGAGAUAGCAUCUUUGAUCGCCACACACGAAAGCCUGAAGAAAGAGCACGAACAAAACCUCUUAGCCAUCCGACAAGAGCAUGAGCAGGCACGAUCACAAUGGGAAGAGUCUUCCAGAGAAUUGGAUACUCUUCGAUCGCGUCAUACCGAGCUCUCAACCGGGAUGGAGUCCAUUGUGAAACACGAAAUCGACACGGCCCUCGUGGAGAAGAAUGCCGAGAUCGAAAGACUUCGAGAGGAACUGGAGACAGCGAGAGAAAAUAUUCGAGAGCUGCAGUCCAAGAUUCUGGAGAAGGGUGUGGACGGUGUCGUCGUUUUCCGCGAUGAAGAUUACUUCGAUUCUGCCUGUCAGAAACUGUGCCAACAGGUUCAAGCCUGGGUUCUACGCUUUUCCAAGUACAGCGACACCAGGAUUUGCCGAACCACAAAUGAAGUUCGGGACGACAAGAUUGUUGAUCGGUUUGACAAUGCGAUUCUGGAUGGAUCAGACGUGGACGUCUACCUGGCGGACCGGGUCAAACGACGAGAUGUGUUCAUGUCUGUUGUGAUGAGCAUGAUCUGGGAGUACGUCUUUACUCGAUAUCUCUUCGGGAUGGAUCGAGAGCAACGACAGAAGCUGAAACAACUGGAGAAGAACCUCGGUGAGGUGGGCCCAGCAAGUGCUGUCCGUCAGUGGCGGGCUCUCACCCUCACCCUGCUUUGCAAGCGAGAAAGUUUCAAGGCUCAACGAGAGAGUGACACUGAGGCGGUGGCCAUCGAAAUCUUUGCCACGUUGUCGAAGUUCCUCCCUCCACCGCACAAUCUAGAGCAACAAAUUGUGGGUUCUUUGCGCAAUGUCAUGCACGCAGCGGUGGAUCUUUCCAUCGAGAUGCGUACUCAACGAGCCGAGUACGUAAUGCUGCCACCCUUGCAGCCAGAAUAUGACACCAACGGAGACCUUGUACGCAAGGUCUACUUCAAUGCAAGUUUGAUGAAUGAGAGAAGUGGUGAAACCACAAGUAAUGAAGAAUUGGAGCAAAACCAGGCAGUUGUGCGAAUGGUGCUCUUCCCACUCGUCGUCAAGAAGGGCGAUGACAAUGGGUUUGGGGAUGAAGAAAUCGUGGUAUGCCCUGCGCAGGUGUUGAUUGCCCGUCCAGACAAAGGCAAGAAGGUCAAGGCCUCGACUCGUGUUGCCAGUGGUGGCAGCCAGGUUGACCGAAUGAGUGUGGACACCCGCAGUCUUCGAGCUCCCAGCACUCACAGUCUGGGUGCAGUGAGCGGCAUUGAUAUGAACGACAACGUGUUUUAG